GCCGUCCCCUAGCAACAUCGUCGUAGUUUACAAAUGGCGGGUUUGGUUUGACAGGAAACGAAAGGGGAAAAGGAAGGAGAUUUAUAUCGAUAUCAUUUAAUGUUGUGUGCACCCUAAGGGAACCAUCCAAGAUGAAUGUCAAUCUUGGAGAAUAUUUCCGGACAACUUUCGAGGAUAAACUCCUCGUAAAGAUGCCGGAAAGAGAAGAUGACCACCUCACACCUGCUACUCGCCUCCUUGAGAAAAGGAGAGAAAUGGCAGAAGUGGAACAAGCUCUUGCAGCACAAAAAGAGGAGUUCCAAAUGAAAAUGGAAAGUUUACAGCAGCGAAGAGAAGAAUUAGAAAGAAAAGAAUACCAGUUAAAAGAAUCGUUAUUGAAAUUUGACCAUUUCCUAAAGGAUAACGACUCCAAACGGGCACGAGCACUUAAAAAGGCGGAGGAUGAACGAGACUCCAAAAAACAGAAAGACAAAGAAAUAGACAAACUGAGAGACGAGAAAGGUACCUUGUUAAAAGAAAAAGAAAAACUUCAAACUAAGCUAGAAAAAUACACAGUAUUCCACAAAUACAUGGAGAAGACUUUGGAGGCUGGUGAGGAGUUCCACGAAAUGAGAGACAUUAUUGCCAGACACGAUACUUUGGUGGCCACCCAUGGAGACUUGAUGGAUCGAGAAAACCAGAAUCAAUCUGUGAUUGAACAGCAGAGACAGAACCUGAUGAAAUACACAGAGGAAAAAGACAACCAGAUUCUUUCAUUCAAUAAUCUCCUCUCUGGCCUACAAACCCGAUUGGACGAUGCUCAAAGUGAGGCUGUGUUCUGGGAGUCCAAGUGGACCCAUAUAAAAAAUACGGCUGCUAAGAAAACCUUGGAACUUGGUAGAAUCAAAAUGGCUGCACACAAUUUAUACCAGCUGGUGAAGAGACAUCAGAAACAAUCGGGUACAGAAGACGACACGGCAGAACAGCUGCAUCAGAUCCGAAUGUUCAUACAAGAUCUUACAAUCAUCACCAACGAGAUUCGUCGGAUGGAGUUGUCUGGCGCCUCCAUCGCUCCACCGUCCUCCAGUUAAACUCUACCUCUGCUGGCUGUCUAGUAUCCAAACACUUUAUCGCAUUCCUGUAUUGGAGCAGUUUUGCCUUGAAUCCUAUGGAAGUCUAUUCACAUCUUGUCUGGAUUUCUUCAAAGAAAUACACAACAAAUUCUCACAAAAUUUGCUAUAUUUCAAUUUAAGUUUUCAUUUUUUGGUAAAGUUGUCAGUGGUGUUUUUUCUUUGUUUCAAAAUUAUACCGUUAACACUUGAAAAAAGUAAAUAAGGUGCCGCCCAUCUUUCAAUUAUGGACCGUACAUGAGGUUGAUAAAAUGUUUGUGAACCUGAUACAGUUAUAAUAACCGAGGAAAAAUACACCAAUAUCAGGAUCCGAGAAAUCUCGACCUUUACAUUAUUAAUAACUAAUGUUUUGUAGGAAGAUAUAUAAUUCGACUUACUUUUAGAUGGAAAAAACACCGUUUUUACGAGUUCGCGUUUAUUACACAUAAUUCUAAUUAUUCGUCAAUAAUUCUAACUAUUCAACUUCAAUUAUUUUGUAACAGGAAUAUUAAGAAAAGUUAUCAUUUUAUAAAACAGUUAAACAAUCCUGCAAUAUUGUCUUCAAUCCGUUUAAUAUACUAAAUAAUAAUGAUAUAUGUAAGCCUAUAUGUUUGUAAUAUGAACUUGUUCAGACUUUUGUUUGUAUUUUACUCGCCAACACUACCUAUAUAUGAUACGUGAGACAGGUGCAAGAUUAUACUUUGUAUGUUUUGAAAAGAAUGUGAGAGAGAAAGGUUGAUGAGAGUGUUUUGAAAGAUGGAAUUUUGAAUUCUUUAUUGUACAUGUAUGUAAAAAUAAAAACAAGUUGAAACAAA